UUGCCUCCAGCAUGCCCCGCCACCCGCAACGCCAGCCUCUGCUGCUGCUGCUGCUGCUGGCGCUACUGGCUGCGGGCUCUGCGCGCGCAGGCUCCCUGGGCUGGGAGCGCUACAUGGGCUGGAGGGCCAGGGACGCGCCGCUCAACGACACCGACCUCGAUGGUGUGGCUGAAUAUUUAUUAGGACAAGAAGAAUUUGCUAAAAUACCACCACCAGUUGUUAGAACUCCAUUGGGAUCUUUGAGGGGCUCAGUUAUUGCAUCCAGAACUGGAAAACCAAUAUAUUCUUUCAGAGGAGUUCGCUACGCCCAGCCACCUGUUGGAAACCUCAGAUUCAAGCCUCCUGUUCCUAUAGGACCUUGGGAAGGAACAGUGAAUGCAACAGCAGAUGGUUUUGCUUGUCCACAAGAAGAGAACUACAUUAUACCAACUGAUGAAGACUGCCUAUUUUUAAAUGUUUAUACAACAAAGUUACCAAUGCAAGAUGCCAAUCCUAAGAGAGCUGUUAUGGUCUGGGUCCAUGCUGGAGGGUGGUAUGGAGGCACAGGGAACAGCGCAUUGCAUGGACCACAAUACCUUAUGGAUCAGGACAUUGUACUUGUCACAUUCAACUAUCGAUUGGGAGCUCUGGGUUUCAUUUCUACGGGAGAUAAAUAUCUUCCUGGAAACUAUGGAAUGAAAGAUCAAGUGCAAGUUUUACGUUGGGUGCAACAGAAUAUCUUAUCAUUUGGAGGUGAUCCGAAGAAAGUAACACUUGCAGGGCUCAGUGCAGGAGGUGCCAGUGUCUGGUUUCAUAUGGUUUCACCAAUGUCACAAGGACUUUUCCAUAAAGCAAUAGCGAUGAGUUCAGCCAUUAAUGCACAAGCUGACAUGAGUGUAUCUGGGGACAUGGAUCUAGCAAAGAGGCAGGCUGCUGCUCUCAAUUGCCCAUCUGAAACGUCCAAGCAAAUAUAUGAGUGCUUAAUGAAGUUACCUGCACAGACUAUUGCAUCUUCUCUCAAUAAACUGGGAGAUUGGGCAAUAGAUCCAGUUCUUAUAUUCUAUCCUGUUAUUGAGCCUGAUCUUCAUGAUAAAUCAGAACGUUUUCUUCACUGGAGAAUUGAUGAACUCAUGUUGUCUGGCCACUUCAGCCAUGUCCCAUUUCUGACUGGCUACACAAAAGAUGAAUUUUCAUGGAGAGCUUUGUCAAUCAUUAACAAUACUUCAUGGCGAACUGAAAUGCAAGAAAACUUUACUUCUGUGGCUCCUUUAGCUUUCAUGUACAAGAAAGAACACAAUUCUGCAUACAAAAGUCAAAACAUACGGAAUUUUUAUCUUCAUAACUUACCAAUAUCGGAAUUUGUUCUUGAAGGUCUUGGAAAUAUAUAUUCAGACUCAAUAAUCAACUUUGGUGUUGAUAGGGCUGCACGUAUAAUAGCAUCCACAAGUACUGAGCCAGUUUAUUUCUACAGAUUUUCUUAUCCAGGGCAGUACAGUUUUGUGUACUACCCAGGAACUUCAGUACCAUAUGGUGUUAUGCAUCAAGAUGACACCAUGUAUCUAUUUCAUGUGUCUGUUCUAUUCCCAUUUUUCAAUGAAGGUGCUCCAGAGAUACCAAUUCUUGAAAGACAUACAAAGAUGUGGGCAAAUUUUGUCAUACAUGGGAAUCCUACACCUCAUAAAGAUAUAGACAAAUUUGAAACGAAGUGGGAACCCUUUGAAGUAUCAGAUACAAAGUAUAUGGACAUUGGUGCAAGACUGGAACUUAAAACUGCACUUAAUCAAAAACGAAUGCUUUUAUGGGAUAAAUUGUUUCCUUUACCUCCAAAUUUUCAGCAUAGACCACAUCCAGAUGAACAUUCUUACAACUUUUAUAUUUAAUGUUUUGCUUUUGUGAAAACAUGCAGAAUGUGUGGUUUAUUUAUUUAUUUUCAGGGACUCAGUACACUUAACUCUUGAUGAACACAAUUCUUGUCAUUUUUAAAAUUUUGUUAAUUUGUUGUUACAUUCUGUUCUGUUAUAUGAAAGUUAUCUUUCCCAUUUUUGCAAAUGCUGCUAGCCAUAACUACAGAGCAUGUUAAUGCUAAUCUGUGAAAUAAUGCACAGUAUCAUAUGUUCACAAUAGUUCUCCUUCACAUCUGUUACUGUCUCUCCAUUUCUCCCUUUCCCACUCUUCUUUCAUACCUAUCACUCCCCUUGUCCUCCCGGAGCAUGCAUGAAAACAAUCUUUCCCACUCUCUCUUCUUCCAUCCAUGUCACUCCAUUGUCUUCCUUAUGCAUGCAUGAAAACAUUCUUUUCCAUUAUAAGAAAUUAAGUCAUCUGUACUGUCACAGGUUGCCAGCAUCUGUAUUUCAUUUUAAGAACUGGCAUAGCUUAUUAUUGUUUUAGUAAGUAAAGCUGUCCACAGCAUGAUGGAUAGGUUGAACAUGACAGUACUUUACUAGGCAGGUUUCUAUUAGAGGUGGUAACAUCUCAUCUUCCUCGAAUUUUUGAACUGACCUACCCAGCAAGUUAUUGGGGAACGUACAGUUUAAAAUGGAUUCGUAAACUGGGUCAAUUUCCCAUUUUACAUAUGUAGACAUUUUGUCCAGGAUAAAUGAGUGACAGAAGAAACCUAGCCGUGGACAGCUGACUCCAAAACUGAGGGUUUUUAUUUAACUCUAACAAAGCAGAUGUGUUUAUAGUAAUAAUUCAGUUAACUCUGAGCCAACCUUUGUUCAGUUAUUGCCAGAUAUAUUAAUAAUUUCCAAAAGUUGGAAGGCCUUGAAUGCACUCAUUACUCUACCAUUAGAAAUCUCAAAUAUAUCCCUGGUGCAUAAACUAUGUAACUUUCUAAACUUACAUGUUUUUAGUUAUCACUGCAUUUGAUGUAACCUUCAAGGUAGGAAAUAUUGACUAUUCAGACGCACAGUUCUCUGAAAAACAUUAUGUUUCUUAUUUUAGAGAAACUAGUGCUUUCUUUGGGGAUAUGGUGAACUGUACGUACAUUCAUUACAUUUUUGUACUGUACCUGGAAGAUUCUAAUCCACAUAUAAUACAAGAAAGACAGGUCUGUAGCAAUCAUGCAGCAAAGAAAGAAAGAUAUGACACAUGGACAUCAAACUUCCUGUGAUCAUGUGCAAAUUCUUCUCAUUGCCCCCAAUGGGUGUCAAAUAUUGCUACAUUAUACAGGGUAUUACAGAACGAUUUUUUUUUUAAAUAUGUGAGGAUGAAAUUCAAAUGCUUUGCAAUAGGGAACAUAUAGCCAGAAAGGUUUCCACAGAAGUAGGAUGUGUUUCAGCUUCUAUCACGUAACUACCAGGUGAGAUUCUCACAUCACAUUAUUGAACCACACAUCCUACCACAUUAUUUGAAUGGUAUAUGAACUUUCUGGAAAAUGCCUUGCCUGAACUUCUGGAGUGCGUUUGCUUGCAAUUGCUUGCUAGUUUUUGGUUUCAGCGUGAUGGUGCUCCAAGCACUUUGAUCAUCAGGCCACUGCAUAGCCCACAGAUGACUUCAGGUUGAGAGUAAUUGCAAGGGAAUGCCCAUCCCUUGGUCUGUGCACUUCCUUGACCUCACCCCUCUUGAUGUUUUUCUCUGGGGUUGUGUAAAGUUCUUGUGUACUCAACAAUUGUAGGAAGAGUAGCUGAGCUUAAUAGGCACAUCUUUACAAUAUUUGAUACCAGCUGGGGGGAACAUGUAGUCUUGGAGAGAAUUAGACAAAACAUGAUUCGCCAUUGCAUUUUAUGUCACAAAGUUGGUUGUCAAAACAUGUAAUCUAAAGUAGUGAAGCCACAAAUUCUGUUUAGAGUAUUUGAUUUUACUCUGCUGUUCUGUCAAUAACAGUUUUCCAGACUGUGGUAUUAUGGUGUUUCAUAGCCUACCGAGUACCAAGAAAGUGCAUAAUGCUGUAGAAGCUUUAUUUCAUAUUUACAGCUAUAGGUUGCAUAUUGCAAAAUGUUCUGAAUCAGAUCCUCUACAAUGUUCCAAAAUUUUAAACUGGCAUUCUGUACAUAGGUGAGGGAAUGUUAUUUGUAACAGUACAGAUAAAUGUAAUAUUAAAAACAAAUAGUUCUGGAAGUUUUUCUUAUGUAACAUUCCAUAUUCUCAGAAGUGAAUGCAAUAUCAAAGAAUAAACACCAAAUAAUAGUGACAUUCCAUUUCUUGUAGAAUUUAGACUGGAAUAAGUAACAAAGUUUCAAAGUGAUUACACAACAAACAAAAUUGUAAAACAAGAAAAACAAUCAUAUUUCAGUUGGCUCAAAUAUAUGUUUCAAACUCAA